AGGAUGAGACAGAUGAACAACAUGUUUGUGUAUAGGAAAGAAAAAAAGUGUGUCGCCCAACGUGGGGCUCGAACCCACGACCCUGAGAUUAAGAGUCUCAUGCUCUACCGACUGAGCUAGCCGGGCUCCUGAAAGUAUACCUUGACCCACAUGUCCCAGGAGGCUAGGACUCUUGACUGGUUCAAGAAAACUUAAUCUUUUUUUCUUCCACUCUGUUUAUUUCUUUUGCGGGGCUCUCUAAUUGCCACUGGUAAAGUGGGGGAGGAAGAAGCGGUAGGGUAACAAACACACAGAGAGAAACUAUAACUUAAAAAAUGGGGAAAAAGUCAAAUAAAGUUAACUUUACAAAAAAAAAAAAGCCCAAAAACUUGUUUCCGCCCGGUUUCGAACCGGGGACCUUUCGCGUGUGAGGCGAACGUGAUAACCACUACACUACGGAAACUAAUUAGCGGCUUUCAGUUUCCCCCAAGGCCUAAGAAGCUACAUAGCUAUUCGCUAUCGGUUUUCCAAGCCUAAAACUAAUGCCGCUCUAAACUGUUCCCUGGGGGUUGUUUGUUUGUUUGUUUUCCCUCGGGUAAAGGGAUUUUUUUUUUCCUUCAUGGUACCUAGGACCCUCAGCCAAAUGUCACUCCUGCUUUCGGGCCCACAUUUCAAUACACUUCAGUCCCGAAACUCGACUUCUUUGGAGUCUGAAAUCUUGGGCGCUCUAAGCCGUCACACCUACUCUUUGGUUCCAUUCAUUCCCCUUCGCAAAGGUGCAGUGACCACGGACCCAACAGCCCUCGCAACUUUAUGUCUUUUAGUCUUGCUUUUUUCAGAUCCAGUCUCCUUCGGUGAGGUUCACUUUACAAGCGACUAACCUCCCCCAAAAUUCCUCCUCGAUGGAAUCGUCCAGAGUCCUCCUAACCACAAAGUCCUUGGGCUAGAACGACCGGAAGCUUACAAGAACGCGGGCGUAAAACUUCCCUCUUGGUCUUCCCGUUCCCACAAUUUCACUCCAUUUCCGGUAACCGCCGGUUGUUGGUGCUGCCCAAGACCUCCGUGGGGGGUGGAGUGGCAACGGCGCUCGCGAAGUUCGAAGACGCUUCGACGGAUGGCCUAGAGCGUCGCCCUUUCUAUUUCCCUCCCCUCCCCCCCAACUGGUGUCUUCCAUUCCGGGGGGGAGGGGGAUAUCCAACCAACGCUACGGCCCUGGCCUUCUUAAGUACCAUAGAGACCCGGACUUUCUGUGCCCGCCCCCUUUUCCGUCUCCGGCACCUUACGGGAGCGCCGCUUUCUAGCUCACUUCCUGUUGGCUGAGGAGGCGAGAGCAAGAGAAGAGAGGAAAGGGAGGGGGCGGGGCAGCCCAAGACAUUAGGAGCCAAGGAGGCCCGGGUGGAAGGAAAUGGGCGUGAGAAGAGGCCGGAAGUAAAGCAAAGGAUACAGGAAGUGAAGGGGAGGAGCUAGAGGCGAGGGGAGGGAGCCAUAUGAGGAGGGGGAAGGGGGAGUUAGGUAGGAUUUGCAUUCAGAACCCGGACAGGGCAAGCAGUCCGGAGGGCCCGAAAUAGUACCGUUUCUCCCUUCAGCAGCGUGGGGCAGGGGGUGGGUGGGAAGAGCUAUUUAUCAAUUAGGCUUUUAAAUUAGAGCUCCUCUCUUCUUGGGGCUAGAAACUGUGUGUGUGAGUUUGUAUGUGUGUGUGUGUGUACGCGCGUGUGCGCCAGUGUGUGGGGGGGGCAGGCCACCUCUGUGGCCCCCGUUGGGAGUGGGGAAGAGAAAGGGAGGCUGGUUGUAGAAUCCAAAAGGAAGACCCUCCCUCUUGCCGGCCUCCCCUUUGUAACCCUUGGCAUCUAACAUCCUCCCUGGGUGACUUGAGACUAAGAUGGCUGCCGUUGCCAUGGCACCCAACCCAGUCCAGACCCUCCAAGAGGAGGCAGUGUGUGCCAUCUGCCUGGAUUACUUCACAGAUCCCGUAUCCAUUGGCUGUGGGCACAACUUCUGCAGGGUGUGUGUGACCCAGUUGUGGGGGGGAGAGGACGAGGAGGAGGAGAGGGAGGAGGAGGAAGAUGAAGGGGAAGAAGAGGUGGAGGCAGUGGGUGCCAGUGGUGGUUGGGACACCCCCAUGCGAGAGGACGAGUACGAGGGGGAUAUGGAAGAAGAGGAAGUGGAGGAGGAAGAGGAUGAGGAGUUUUGGACCAAUAGCAUCAAUGGCCCUACCUGGGACAACAUGGAUUAUGUGUGGGAUGAGGAUGAAGAGGAAGAUUUGGACUACUACCUGGGGGAUGUGGAAGAGGAGCUGAGGGGUGAGGAGGAGGAAGAAGAUGAAGAUGAGGAGGUGUUGGAGGAAGAUGAAGAGGAAGAGCUAGAGCCCGCUACCCCUCCACCACCAGCCCCUGCUCCUAGGCGUAGAUUUACCUGCCCCCAGUGUAGGAAGACUUUUCCCCGUAGGAACUUUAGACCCAACCUACAGUUGGCCAACAUGGUGCAGGUAAUUCGGCAAAUGCACCCAGCUCCUCGAAGAGGAAGCCGGGGCAAUGAACAAGGUGUGUGCCCCAAGCACCAAGAGGCUCUGAAGUUGUUCUGUGAGGUGGAUGAAGAAGCUAUCUGUGUGGUGUGCCGGGAGUCAAGAAACCACAAGCAACACAGUGUGGUGCCAUUGGAGGAAGUGGUGCAGGAGUACAAGGCCAAGCUGCAGGGUCACGUGGAGCCAUUGAGGAAGCACCUGGAAGCUGUUCAGAAACUGAAGGCCAAGGAAGAGAGGAGGGUCACGGAGCUCAAGAGUCAGAUGAAGACAGAGCUGGCAGCAGUAGCAUCAGAAUUUGGAAGAUUGGCACGGUUUCUGGCUGAUGAGCAAGCUGGGCUAGAACGGCGCUUACGGGAACAGCACGAGGCCCAGUUAGGACGAGCAGGAGCCGCAGCGGGGCGGCUAGGGGAGCAAGCCACACAGCUAAGUCGACUGCUGGCCGAGGCACAAGAAAGAAGCCAACAGGGGGGACUUCGGCUGCUCAAGGACAUCAAGGAGACUUUUAACAGGUGUGAGGAGGUACAGCUGCAACCUCCAGAGAUCUGGUCCCCAGAUCCCAGCCAUCCCCACAGUCAUGACUUCUUGACAGAUGCCAUCGUGAGGAAGAUGAGUCGGAUGUUCUGUCAGGCUGCCCGAGUGGACCUGACUCUGGAUCCUGACACGGCUCAUCCAGCCUUAGCCCUGUCACCAGACCGACGCGGAGUCCGUCUGGCAGAGCGGCGCCAGGAACUCCCUGACCACCCCAAACGAUUUUCAGCCGAAUGUUGUGUGCUAGGUGCCCAGGGAUUCCGUUCUGGUCGGCACUACUGGGAGGUGGAGGUAGGGGGGCGGCGUGGCUGGGCUGUAGGAGCUGCUCGUGAGUCAACUCGUCACAAGGAGAAGGGGGGACCAGCAGGGAGUUCUGGGGGUGGUAGUGGGGAUGCCACCCCAUCUCGCCACCACCAUCGUCGCAGAAGGCCCCAUUUGCCCCAGCAGCCAAUGUUUCAAAGGGAGGUGUGGUGUGUGGGCACCAAUGGGAAGCGCUACCAGGCACAGAGCUCAACUGAGCAGACACCUUUGAGCCCUGGUGACAAGCCACACCGAUUAGGGGUAUACCUGGACUAUGAGGCAGGACGGCUGGGCUUCUAUAAUGCUGAGACUCUGGGACAUGUACAUACCUUCUCAGCUGCCUUUCUGGGUGAACGGGUCUUCCCCUUCUUCCGGGUUAUUUCCAAGGGCACCCGGAUCAAACUCUGCCCCUAAAGCAUCCCAGUGCUUAUUCCCCCUCCCCCAAACUUCCCUUAUCUUAGCAGGGGGUAAGGGUGGGUCCUCAAGCUGGGAAGGGUGGUUCUCUUCUACAACACCGCUCUUUCUCCUAGGUUCCCACCUCGGGUUUUCAUUCUGCUACCUUCUCUGUCCUCUUAUCCUUGUCUAUAUUUGGGUAUGGGUCCCUGAAAGGGAAAAAAUUGUUUAACAAUCUGCUUUCCUCCUCCUCUAUUAUCUACCCUACCCAUCUCCAAUUCCACCUCUAUUACUUAUCUACCAAAAUGAAUUUUAUUUAGGGAGAGGAGCAUUUUGUUUUGUUUUUUGAAUUGAGACCUUUUCCCUCCACACAUAUAUACACCUAUCAGCUAUCCAUAACAGAGGGGGAUAUAUGGGGAGGUUAGGUUCCUGCAAGGUUCUUUGUCUCUCAGAUCAGAACCAUAAUGGUUGUCACCUUCAUGUUUUUCUUUUUCACCUUAGAUGUCUCUGCCUCCUCCACUUCUUUUUAUCCUGUUCUGCUGCUCACUUGCCUCCCACCUCCAUUCCCCAAAGGGGAGUUUGUCACCAAAAAUGUGACUCGUGUUCUCAGGCCCAGAUUCCCCUUUCCCCUCCCUAGUUUGCAGCUUGCAGCAUCCCCUACUUGGCGAGGCCCACUAGGGGAGGUAGGGAUCUGUUUGAUCCUUUGAGAAGAGUCUUGGGCAUAGUCUCUAUUUUUCUAGAACCCUCUACUUCCACUUUGGGGGCAUAUUCCAAGUUGGAGGUAACCCCCCCACACAUUCACUAUUUCUUAGCCUCCUGCCUUUCUCUCUACUGCUCUUUGGCUGAGGUUGGUUUGGGGGAAAAUUGAGGGGUGCGAGUGGAAUGGUGUGUAGAAAUGGACAAUAAAAGUUUACUGUUUCAUCAG